AUGAGGCCUCAGCUGUGCAUCGUGUACCACCUGGAGACCAGGAUGCGUAAGGACGUGUGCUUCGGGGUGAUAGCGUUGACGUGGGUGCUGAGCGCCGUCCUGGCCAGCCCCCUGGCCAUCUUCAGAGAGUACGGCUCGCUCACACGCCCCGGACACACCAUCCAGGUGUGUACGGAGAAGUGGCCCGGUAAGAACACGGACGGCACCAUCUACAGCAUCUCCAUGCUGAUCCUGCAGUACUUCCUGCCGCUGUCCAUCAUCUCCUUCGCCUACGCCCGCAUCUGGUCCAAACUGCGGGGCCACGUCAGCCCGGCGGAGAACGGCGGCAACAGCGGCGCCGGCUCUGAGCGGCACCGCCGGCGCCGCAAGACCACCAAGAUGCUGGUGACCAUGGUGGUGGUGUUCGCCGUCAGCUGGCUGCCCUUUCACGCCUUCCAGCUGGCCACGGACAUCGACAGCACGGUGCUGGACAUGCGCGACUUCCGCCUCCUGUACACCGUCUUCCACGUGGUGGCCAUGUGCUCCACCUUCGCCAACCCGCUGCUGUACGGCUGGAUGAACCGCAACUACCGCGCCGCCUUCUUGGCCGUCUUCAAGUGCGGCCGCGGCGGCGACCGGGGCCGGAACGGGCGGCUGGACAGCAUCCACCCGGCGGCCGGCGGCGGCGGGCGGGCCAAGAAGAUGGUGCUGGACCAGCAGGACACGGUGUCCGCGCACCUGAAUGCUACCGACGUGUGACGUCCACGCGAGGAAAGGAAGAAUCUGUCAGCGAAUCAUUUCUUCCCCGGAUGACAGAAGAUGGCGAGAGGAACCUCUAAGAGAGAGGAAAAGUGAAAAUAGAAACAAGUGAGCGGGAAGCCGUCGGCGGUGGGGAUUAAGAUAUUUUCGAUGCCCCCC